AGCGGUUUCUGUGAGGUCCUCAGGCGUUGUAUAUGCGCCUCCUUUUGUGCUUCUCUACUCAAGAUGGCUCCCGUUUUAGAGAAGCUACUGGGCGCUGUCGGGACGGGCGACACUAUGGAAAACAGUAACGAGGAUGACGAUGGACAAAACCUCUGGUCUUCAAUUAUAAGCGAAGUUUCCACACGCUCCAGCACCAAAUUGCCAUCUGGGAAAAAUAUAUUAGUUCUAGGUGAGGAUGGUUCAGGAAAAACAACACUCAUGACGAAACUCCAAGGAGCUGAGCACAAUAAAAAAGGCAGAGGUCUGGAAUACUUGUACCUGAAUGUCCAGGAUGAAGACCGAGAUGAUUUGGCUCGCUGCAGUGUAUGGAUUCUUGAUGGAGACCUGUACCACAAAGGCUUAUUGAAGUUUGCAGUAACCGCUGACUCGCUAAAAGACACUCUGGCAGUGUUUGUGGUGGACAUGUCACGACCUUGGACCAUCAUGGAGUCACUGCAAAAGUGGGCGAGUGUGCUACGCGAACAUGUGGACAAACUGAGGAUCCCACCUGAGGAAAUGAAAGAGAUGGAGCAGAAGAUUGUAAGGGCCUUCCAGGAGUACGUAGAACCAGAGGAUGCCACUUCAGGUUCCCCCCAGAGACGAGCCCCAGCCACUGCAGGAGAAGAUGACAGUGUACUGCUACCCCUAGGAGACAACGUCCUCACACACAACUUAGGCAUUCCAGUGCUAAUAGUUUGCACAAAGUGUGAUGCUGUCAGUGUAUUGGAGAAGGAGCAUGACUACAGGGAAGAGCAUUUUGACUUUAUUCAGUCACACAUCCGGCGGUUCUGCUUACAUUAUGGAGCCGGCUUGAUUUACACGUCUGUCAAAGAAGAAAAAAACCUGGACCUCCUCUACAAAUAUAUUGUGCACAAAAUAUAUGACUUCCAGUUUGCCACGGCUGCCUUAGUGGUGGAAAAAGACUCUGUGUUCAUUCCGUCCGGAUGGGACAAUGAGAAAAAAAUUGCCAUCCUGCAUGAAAACUUUACAGCGGUUAGACCUGAAGAUCCCUUUGAGGACUUCAUAACGAAACCUCCAGUCAGAAAGUUGGUGCAUGACAAGGAAAUCAUUGCUGAGGAUGAGCAGGUCUUUCUCAUGAAGCAGCAGUCAUUGUUAGCCAAGCAGCCAGCCACACCAACAAGAGGAACAGAGUCUCCUGCCCGGACUUCAUCUGGUUCACCUCGGCCAACGGGCCGGACAGGCCCCACCAAUGUGGCCAGUGUCUCACCCAUGACUGCAGUGAAGAAACCAGACCCCAACAUGAAAGGAGCAGCAGCAAAUGAGGGAGUGCUGGCCAACUUUUUCAACAGUCUGCUGAGUAAAAAGACAGGGGGGCCAAACAGUCCUGGGACACCGGGGGCAGGAACAGGGGUACAGGGUUCUGCCAAAAAAACAGGGCAGAAGCCGGGUUUGACUGACGUCCAGGCAGAACUGGACCGAAUGACUCGUAAACCUGACUCUAUGGUAACAGCCAACACCCCAGCGACAGAGAACGAGGCAUGAGCACGCCUACGACGUCCACUCUGGAUAUCAACAUAAAGGAGCAAAAAAAAUGCUAUUCAUGACCAAAACUCUCCCCCAGCUUGUGUGUCUUUCAGCAAAAUAGACCAUGGUUUACCGAAAGUGUUGGGAUUUUGUAUGAAAAUAUAGGCCCUGAUGUUAUGGGGGAAUGAAAGGUAGAUAUUUAAAAAAAAAUUCAACUGCUUUUUGUUUCUUUAUAUUUUCAGACCUGUUUGUUUGUUUGUUUAUUUGUUUUGUGGUGAAUAAUUUUUGGUGAGGCAUGGCAAGUCAGUAAAUGGGUGCAGUCAGACCUCUGCAUUGUGGGGCCUUGCUUAGCUUGGGGAAUUUUAACCCUAUCCAAUCCCUCCUCCUGGGCAAGCACAGAAACGCUCUGCUGCAUUGAAUGACAGCAGUGGCUUUAAAAGUGCCGCAAUCAGCUACAACGACUGCUUCAAAGCAUAAAUAUACUGAAACAAACACUUGCAAAAUAAUUUAUACUUGCAAAAAGUAUAUGGUAUGUAAAAUACAUAUAUGCUGAUGUAUUUAUAAAAAAUGAAAGCAAAUCAAGCUUUUAUCUUCUCUGUGUUUUAUCAGUGAGAUGUUAAGCUUCUCUUAACAGUCAGCAUCACUGAUGUCACGACACUAAUGACAGUACCGAUUGGCCUUCACAUUUAAAAACGGCAGACCUUGCCGCACCGCCUCGUCGGAUGAUGUAAAUAUGUGCUAAAUAUUUGCAAUACAAGCUUCGAUUUGAUUUUUGUAUAAAAUUUAAUUAUUUUAACAAUUUAUGAAGAACUAUUUCAGAUGAAACAAGCAUUGAGUAACAGGCUGAGCAUUUUCUUUUGGCUUUGGUUGUUUUUUGGAGGAGAGGGGCAGGGCGGCAUCUUUACUAAAAUAACUCCCAAGUGCCUGGCACAGUAUACUGUUUGUGUCAUAGUGGAGGUCCUUGUCUCCAAAAGAGAAAUUGCACUGCAUCAUCAACGGUCAAUGGAUUUGUACGGCUUCAUGUAAUUUAUUUGUUUUGCUUUGGAAACGCAAGUCUGUGGUAAUUGCUUUUCAGAAAAAAUAAUGUCUAUUUUGCUUACUUCAGUGGCCUAUAUAUUGUUUGCCUUUUUUGUGCUUAUUUUUUGCUACCAUAGGGAGCUUGCCUUUUUUGGAAUUUCAAAAUAUCCUCUAACAUAAUUAUAAUGUUGGUCGGACAUUUUCUCCAACCCCCAAAAAGAAAUUGUAAUUUAAACCACUAGCACCAUUCUCAUUUGGCCAAGUGAUGACUGUAUGUGUCACUCAAAAUAAGUUGACAGUUCAUACAAAUGAGAUUUCAGUAUGUUUACCAGUUGUUAUUUUUUAUGAUGUAAGGAGUCGGACCAUACAGCUAUUAAUGUAAAACAUUCCCUGUUCUGCACAGUGUAGAUAUUCUGUAGGCAAAUUCUGCCACGUGAUUUUGUGCCCUGCCUCGGUGCCCACUGGAAGUGACAACUUUGCCUUUAAUGUAGCAUUCACUGUUGUCACUCCACAUGCUCUGUCUCUUUACUCAGGGUAGAUCUGAGUCCAUACCACAGCCUUGUUCAUAUUCACAAUGAGUUGCUUAAUACAUUUCUCAACAUUUUCUUCCAUCACUGAUACUGUAUCAUUGAAUUUUUUGCAUUUUGUUUUUGACUGAACAUGUAACAAAAUUAGCUGGUUUAUGAGUUUUUGGAACUUGACCCGUGAUCUAAAAGCUUGAUGUAAUGGUUUUGAUUCCUUAGGUUUCUUAACCUCGGUUUUGAGUAAUUGUAAGCGGGCUAGCUAAAGUGGCUUUUAAAUUCUCAUAAAAUUUUCAGAUAAAAAAGGAAAACGGAAAGUAUUGGAAUCUGUAACCAAAGAUGUAGAAUCCACGUUAUGUUUUUGUCGAGUAGCUGCCCGAAAUUCCUCCCGGGGGGCCUCUCUUUCGGCUUGGCCUGGAGAAGCCAUCAUUUCAAAAUGGAUCCUUCUGCUUACUGUGGUGUUCUGUGUCAGAAAAUUCCAUAAGUCCUUGUCCUUUUUAAAGCUCUUCAAGGGAAUACAUAACAAGAUGUGUAGAAUUCGUUGUUGUUUUGCAUGAGCUUGUAGGAAAAGAAAAAUCUUACCAAAUUAGAGAUAUGGGUCUCGAAUAGGAUUAAAUCUUAAUGCUAUCUAAUACUACUUAACAGUUUCCAUUUAUGAUGGGCAGGGCUAAAGCACUUGCUGAUACUCAAGCACAACAUUAUGUCAGGACUAUAUACCUCUUGUUUUAGUGGUUAUUCAUCUAUUCAGUGUAAGUGCUUCCUGGGCUGCAAUUAUGGAAGCCUUUAUUCACAUAUAAUGCUCCAGCUGCUUUGAAACCACUUAAUAUAAUCUUAAAUGCACUUAAUUCAUUGCAUUCUUAUUGCUGUGUGACUGAAAUCUCACCGUCUAAAUCCCACUGUCACAUUCCUGUACACAUAACUAACAAACCCCCCAGUGUUCAUUCAUACUUGUUAAUUUGUUAAAAGCAACAUAUUGUUCGAUUUUUUUUUUUCCAACGGUUGUGUUUUAUUUAACACAAAUUUGAUGGCAACUGAUUUUAAUUUUUAGCUUGAUGUAAAUGUAGACUAAAUUUAAAUGAACUAAGAAAUUGAAAAACGAACUAGUUGCACCUGAGAUGCCUGAAGUACUUGAAAAAGCUUCCUAAUGUUUUCCCAAAGGAGAAUAUACACAACACAUGUUGAUGUUCUAGGGGUGCCCACCAAACGUUUUCAGCUUCAAUAAUUCCCCUCUCAGUUGGGAAUGGUUGCAGUUAUAUAAGGAACAACACAUUUUGUAUGCAUUUUAUUCGGUCUAGCUGGAUUAUCCUUCUAUUAUGCACUUACCCCUGUACGUAAGAAAAUGUUGAGAAAAUGCUUUGACUUCCAAACUUUUCUAUACAGGAACUUUCUAUUUACACAAAGGACUGUUUUGUGCUGUACAUUAAAUUGAGUCUGAUUGUAAGGCUUUAACCUGUUGCAGUGUGCAACUAUGUGGAAUCUUGCUUUUAAUGCAAACAAAGAAAAGGAAAUGUCUUUUUUCAGUCCCGGCUUAAAUAAAAUCUAAAUCCAAACA